UGGAAGUUGUUAUAAAUGUUAGUUGAAGUCUGCAGAACUGUUUCCAUACAAUAUUUAUUUAAUUUCAAAUUUCUUUCAUUUGAAUUUUCUCUGCGAUAAAUAGCAUUGUCCAGUGACCGUAAAACUGCGAUCGCUGCUGCGGUCCGACCAACUAACUGUCCGGGAUAGAAAAGAAAGAGUUAUACCAUGUAUGUUAAAGCCGUCAUACUUGUUGGAGGUCCAGAAAAAGGAACUCGGUUUCGACCAUUAUCGCUGGAUAUACCCAAACCUCUGUUUCCUGUUGGCGGAGUUCCUAUUAUCCAGCACCACAUUGAAGCAUGCUGCAAGAUCCGUGAGCUAAAGGAAAUUCUUUUGAUUGGAUAUUUUCCUCCGAACGAAUUCUGGAAUCAGUUCAUCGCCGCUCAAUCGCAUUUGCAUAAUGUUCACAUUCGCUAUCUUCAGGAAUUUACGGCUCUGGGGACUGCUGGAUCGAUUUAUCAUUUUCGAGAUCAAAUUCUUUUUCGCGGCCCCGAUUGUGUUAUUUUAAUGAAUGGAGAUGUGUGCGCCGAUUUCCGUCUGGAUGAAAUGCUGAAAUUCCAUCAACAGAAACAACAAGCCAGCAAAGCAUUGCUGACGAUUAUGGGUACCGAAGCACUGCAGACCCAGUCGAUGAACUUUGGGUGUAUCGUCGAAAAUCGAGAAACACACGAGAUCAGACACUAUGUAGAGAAGCCGCGGACAUAUGUCAGCAGUCUUGUUAACUGUGGAGUGUACAUUCUUCAUCCCGAAAUUUUCACCAUGAUUGGCGACAUCAUAUACGGGAAACUAGAGCCGGGUGCCGGUGAUGAUUAUAUAGAUUUAUACGAUGUGGCCGGAUCCCGACGCAGUUCGCUAGUACGACAAGCUAGCCUUGGUAAUUCCGGCGCAAUACCGUCAGAGUUGUUAUCUUUGGAGAAAGAUGUCAUCACUCGACUUGCCCGCGCCGGAGGAGCGUUUGUCUAUCACACCAAUGGCUGGUGGAGCCAGAUAAAAACUGCGGGGUCAGUUAUUUAUGCCAAUCGACACUACCUGAGGCUGUACCACCAGACUCAUCCAGACAGAUUAGCAAAAAGUGGACCAGUCAUUAUUGGAGAUGUGUAUAUUCACGAAAGUGCUAAAGUUCAUCCUAGUGCGGUAAUUGGUCCAAAUGUCUCAAUCCACGCCAACGUUGUUAUCGGUGCAGGAACACGAAUACGAGAUGCAGUAAUGCUGGACGAUGUUGUGACUGCGGUAACGGAUAAUUGCUGUAUUCUGAAUGCUAUUGUUGGCUGGGGAAGCAUAGUGGGUAGUUGGGCCCGAAUCGAAGGCACGCCAAAUGACCCGAACCCGAACAAACCAUUUGCUAAACUUGAGCACACACCAUUAUUUAGCGAAAAAGGCUUCCUAAACCCAUCCAUUACAAUUUUAGGAGCAAACGUUUCGGUCCCCACGGAACUGAUGGUGCUAAAUUGUAUUGUACUGCCAAGAAAAGACUUAGCUCAGAAUUACAAGAACCAGAUAAUUUUGUAGAACGGAUAUCGGUAUUACUGACCAUUUGAAAUGUAGAGUAGCCUUUAUAGCUCUUACUUGCGGGUUUCUAAUGACCGGGAAGUAUUUCACUUUUUAAACCAUUAACAUAUUGUAAGAAGUUUUUUCUAAACUAUUUAUUAUUUUACCAUUUGUACGACACAUUCGAUGUGAGAAAGGUACAAAAAUAAAAAUCCGCAAUCACUAAUUGAGCGUCUAG